ACUUCCCCCUGCGCUGCGCGCAAAUUAGAAUUUUUUCCUCUGUUGUUUCUGGUUCUCUGACCACACUGGUCAGUACCAGCUGAGCUGGCCCAUGGGGGCGGUUGAACUGGUUCUGAGGACUAGCUCAACUGCCUAUAUAUACUUCACUCUUCCUCAUCUCUUUUCCCACUUCAUUCACUCUCGCCUUGGUCGCUUCACAACCUUUAGAGCCUUUCCUUCACACACUUCAACCGCUUCACAGUUUCACCACCGUUUUCAAUCAUGGUGCGUCGCCGCAACCCCUCUGUGGUUGAGUUUAGCAGCGACUCCGACGAGAUUCAGGAGGAAUCUCCCAUCCCCUCUCCUCCGCCUCGUCGCUCCCUCUCUAAGAGAGGACGUGGCUCUGGUCGGAUGCCUGGCGAGGGCUCUUCCUUGCCCUCGCAGCCGACUCGCGGGAGACGCCAAAAGGUUGGCGCCUCUCGUCCUCGUCGUAGCACGUCUUCCUCAGGGUAUGCUCCCUGCCAAGAGGAGGAUGGGGCUUUCGACGACUUCGUCGACCUUCCGGCGCCUGAUGCUCUCUACGUCACCGGACUGCACAUGCAUCCGGCGAACGUCAGCCGCGGUCCGCAUGAAUCUCCCAUCGACUUCACUCAGAAGGGAAUAGAAACCCUUCAGCGUCUGAGGUUUUCCAACCCUACUCUCACUCCUCGUCAUCCUGGUGUCCAGGACCCUCGGUUCUGGAAUCUUUUCCAGGCUGACUUCUACAAUUCUGUCAUUCUUACCAAGAAACACCCAGUCGUACGACAUAGAUUUAUUGACUGGGAGGGUUGUGAGAAUAUGGGAGAUGUUGACAUGUCGUCAGCUCUCGUUCACUUAGAGAGAAAGGGAUUACGUAACAUUAUGACCAUGGAAUACCCCUGGAACGAUGAGGUGGUAGCUCAGUUCUAUGCCACCCUCUGGAUAAAGAAAGUAGAUGAGGAAGCCGAUGGGUAUGAUUACCCAGUUAUGUAUUUCUUCAUCCAGGGUAACUGGCACAAAGUCAGUUAUCGUCGUUUUGCCCAUAUUCUGGGCUUCUCUGAUGCAGACAUUCAGGGCAGCAACAUGCGAGUGCAUGGCAUUCGGCUGCCCAUGCGGGAAGAGACGGAAUUCAUUCAUGUCUCUACUGAGCGGGAGUUCUGGACAACCGCUAACAUGCAUAGGUACUACAGGUACCUUAAUUCCUUGUCCCGGAUGACCGUUCUCCCAAAGGGCGGUAAUCAAAUGAACGUCCUUGGGGAGAGUCGAGUCCUCCUCCUCCUCCUAGCUCCAAACAGUCUCGCCCGCAUCAAUGUGUUUGACAUGAUCUGGGAGGAGAUCGUUCGUGCCUCCUGGUCUCCUCACAGAGGGUGUCUUCAUGCACCCUUUAUCAUGAAGAUGAUCGAAGUGGUCACCCAGACCCACUUCGAAAAACCCGUCAAACACUCCCGCUAUGUACCCUACUGGGUUGAUUCCUCCAACCCAGCUGCUCGUACGAAGCGGGUUCCCUCACGGUCUGGAGGCCCUGCCUCCUCCUCUGAGCCACCUCGCCAGCCUCCCCACCAUCCUUCCUCCUCCCCCCCCCGCUGCUGCCUCGCGUCCCUCUCCUGGCCGCGGCUCUCCCAUGCCACGUGCUCGUGGUCGUGGUCGUGGUCGUGGCCGUGGGAUGGGUGCUCGCUUUGUCCAUGGGUUUGUGGCAUUUUUCUCCAUGUGCCGCAACGUUGCUGCUGA